AGAAGGAAAAGUGUUUAAGAAACAGUCCAAAAAAAAAAAAAAAAAACACUGAAGUUUUGGCUCAGACGUUGUUCAUUCUUUAAAUAUGAUGCGUUUCCUGUUGCUGUUCAGUCGUCAGGGGAAGCUGAGGCUGCAGAAGUGGUUCCUACCCCUGCCCGAGCGGGAGAAGAAGAAGAUCAUACGAGACAUGACCACCAUGGUCUUGGCACGGAAUCCGCGCACCUGUAACUUCCUACACUGGAAAGACUUGAAGAUCGUCUAUAAGAGGUAUGCCAGUCUGUAUUUCUGCUGUGCCCUGGAGGAGCAGGAUAAUGAACUCCUGGCGUUGGAGGUGUUGCACCGAUAUGUCGAACUGCUGGACAAAUAUUUUGGCAAUGUGUGUGAGUUGGAUAUUAUCUUUAAUUUUGAGAAGGCCUACUUUAUUCUGGAUGAGUUUCUCAUGGGAGGUGAGAUCCAGGAAACGUCGAAACUGACCAUUGCCAAGUCGAUCGAAGCCUCAGACAUGUUACAGGAGACGAUGGAGGAAUACAUGAGCAAACCUGCCUUUUAACACUGCACAACAUCAAACCAAACAUCAUAAAGGAGAAAUGCCACAACUGUUCUCCAGGCAAGAGCUCAUCCGUGGACACUACGGCUUUGAAUGGGAAUGAAAGGUCACGAUUAUGACGGGAGACUCUCUGAAUGCCUGUAUG